CGGAAAUACGCUUAACCCUACAACUACAAUGCUCGUAGGCACACGUAUAACUUAGCAAAAAAGGUCGUGCUGCUUUGACCGACUGUUGCGUUUCCCUUUCUCUGCGAGGCCAUGCUGCCGUCAUAUCUUCAUGGCAGCAGCAUGCCUGGAUAUGGUUCCAAGCCCCUGCGGCGUUCCUGGAUACCAGACCUCAGCGGCACGCUGAUCGCAGUGUUGAUGCUUGCGAGCGUCCUUGCUCUCGAGCACUUCUACUUUCAAGGCCGGUUGGCACGUGUCACCGAGCUGGAGUUCUCGCUGGCAAAGCAGCUCAAGACCAUGGAGGCGACGAUACAGCAGCAAAACGGGCAGCUGCAAAGGAUUACCCCUAGACUGGACCAGGUUGACGCAUCAGGUGAUGCGCUGAAACAGGUCCAAGAGGAGUUGGCUGAUAUCAAGUUAAGGUUCCAGAGUGCCAAGAAGGCGCUGGAUGGCCUAGAACAUGCGAACCUUACCGGGCAGCUUGUAGAGCUUGUGGGAAGCUUCGCGGAGCUCAAGUGGGAGGUGGAGGCGCUGCAGUCGCGAGCACCCGACAGCAACGCCACCGUGGUGGCGCUGGAGGCGGAGGUGGCCAAGCUGUCCUCCAAGCUCUCCACGCACAACGCCGCGCUGAGCACCCUGACGGAGCAGUUGGCGCUCCACCAGAACUCCACCAUCAAUGCGCUGCAGCAGCAGACGGCGGCGGUGUCGGAGGCGCUGGAGGCGCACCGGCAGCUGGCCACACGCGUGGAGGGGCUGGGCAAGCUGGGAGGAGUGGGGGCUGAGGCGGCAGCGGGCAACGGCACGGAUGCCAAGGCGGCCACUGCAGCUGCGGCUGCGACAACAACCCAGACCCUGGCGGCCAACCGCACCCUGGCGCCCGGGGCAACCGGGUCAGAAGCUCCCCUGUCCAAUGUGACCGGAGCAACCACCACCGCACCAGCAGCAGCAGCUGGGGCUGCAGCUUUCAACAGCAGCAGCUUCCUGAGCAACACGCCGGCAGCCGGCAAGUCCCCGCUGGCGACGGCGGCUGCUGAUGCGACUGGGCAGAGCUCCACGGGGGCAGUGAAUGGCACGAGCGACGUUACGGCCGCUGCGGGAUCCGGCUCCUCUCCGGCAGCAGCUUCCAGCGCUAAGGGCGCCGCUGCGGGCAGCAGCGAGGACAUGUCCGCGAAGGAGGAGCAGGAGGAGGACCACCUGGUGCGCGGCCACACCGACCUGGCGCUGGAAGACGGCGAGGAGGGCGGCGGCAGGGGCGGGGACACGGACAGGGCGGCUACUGCUGCUGGAGCGGAGUCGGGUGGGGGUGCGGGUGCGGGUGCCGCGGCGGCUGGUGGCGCGGUGGCAGCCGCUUCCCUGGGCACCAGCGAGAACAGCAGCAGCAGCACGAGCGGCAGCAGCAACGGCACCAGUGUCAGUGAGGCAGCUGGGGCUCAGUCGGGUCCCGAGGGCGUAAUUGGGACAGUGAAUGGGACCAGCUUGGCGCCAGCGCUCGCGAGCAGCGGGGCUAAUGAGACUCUGGGAAGCGGAUCAGCGGCCGCAAACACGACGAGCUCCCAGGCGGCUGCCUCCAACGCCACGUCUGGCGCCGCUGGGAAGGCGUCGCCCGCCGCUGAAACGCAAGCCGCUGAGGACAGCGACGACUCGCUGGAGCUGACCCGCAGGACGGACGCAGCUGCUUCCCAACUUGGCGAGGGAGAGGACGACGACGAAGGCAGCGCUGCCGAUGCAACCCUUUCCACGGCUGGUGGAACAGUUGGCACCGGCGAGGACGGAAACGGUACCGCCACGGCCUCCGCCACAUCCUCCGCGGAUAAGGCCCUCGCCAGCAGCAACACCACCUCCGCGCUGGACGCCCUGCAUGCCCUCGUGACGGUCACCUCAGCAGCCUCCAACACCAGCGACAUCCUCACGACGAACGCCACGUCAUCAGCAAACGCAACAGCAACCGCGAACACCACCACCAGCGUAUCGGAGUCCACGGGCACUGCUGGCCCCACCAAUGCAACGGCUGCUCUGGACGCCCUGCAUGCGCUUGUGGCCUCUGCCAAUACCACCAAGGUGAUGCAAGGGGAUGCGGCUGCAGAGCAGCAACAGCCGACGGUGACGGCAGCGGCGGAGGCAGCAGCGGCCGCCAAGAUUGCUGCACUGCGGGGCCGGCAUGCGGCUUCGCGGCCAGCGCAACGGCAGAAAGGGAAGGGUUUCGUUCGCAUGCACGAACAGUUCUUGAAGCAGGAGAAGCAGCACAAGGCGGCCUUGGGCGCAGGCGGGGAUGCAGGCAGCGCGGGGGCGACGGGCGCUGGCACCGGCGCGGCGGCAGCUGGUGGUGGCGAGCAGCAGCAGGCGGCUGUGGGGCUCGUGGAGUAAACAGUCGGGACUUGUAGGAGCAGCGAUCAACGACAGAGGGGUGCUUUGGGGGUGUGGAGAGCGGGUGCACAUAAGCAUGGGGGUUGGCUAAACCGCACAUGGACAUAAAAGGAACAGCGAUUGUGAGGUGUGAGCAUAUCGGUAUGGCUUGAAAACGGAAUGUACGCUAGCGUGACUUAUGCGCGGAAAUUGUGCCAGAUAGCCUGGUAGCGGAGGCUCAACUGCUAGGUGAGCAGCGACCUAAUAAUGUGUGAGCCAAUACUGUGUCAUUUGUUACGGACCCCGGCUGGAAUCCAGCAAUGGGGUGCAGCAGGUUGGGCCAGCUUUAGGCCACGUGAGCUGGGCGUGCGAGGGCGACCCCGGGACGGGGUAUUGGGACGGGCGGGCGCCGUGCAGCAAACGUCGCCGCUGUUUCGCCGCGACGUGAACCUCAUUAGAUGAGAUGUGGGCGGUGACGCAGGUGCUCUAUGUGCGACUGCCCCCCCAGUAAGUGGCGAUUCAGCACUGAGGACAAGGACGUGGUGUCUGAGGCGUGCUCCCAGCUAUAGAAUUAUACGCAUGGACUGCAUGGAAGUUGAACAUCCCAUGGUCUAGAUAGUGAGGUUUAUGCGAGGUACGGCACCCGUAGCUGGGGAAGAGGGACCAGCAUCUGCGGGUGCAAAUGGCAUGUG